AUUAAAAUAAGAGAAAUUUUUGAAAUAAUUGAUGUAAAUCAGUUAUUUAUUUUCCAUAUGAAAAGAAGAAAGAUCUGGUCAGCGGAAUUGCAGUUUCCGUUCUCGCUAUCGCUAUGAUACCUUCAUAAAAUGCCACGCAGAAAUAACAAGCCUAUAAAAAUGAUAUACUAUACUAAUCGGUAAGCGUAAGUAGGUGGUUAUACUGUGUUCGAUACUAUCGAUACGGACACGAAAACCUGGUUUACUUAGGACUGGCAAUGACGUACAUAUUAGCCAGAAUCAGUUUGAUGUUUAUUUCUGAUAACUAUUUUCUCAAACCGGUUUCAUGAGUAGUUCUUGUUAUUUUCACAACUUCUAAUAUUUUUAUUCAUAAUAAUACAUUAUAUAAUAACUAUUUUGAACACUUUUAUACAUGGUUUGUUACUUAACUAGUUACUUAUAUAACAAAAGUCUGUUGCAUGCAAAAGUUUGUUUUAUACCUUUUCUGUUCUUUUUUGUAUCUUCGUUUGUAUUAGUAAGUUAUCGCGGUUUCUUUUCCUCAAUACAGACAGAAUAAAGAAUGAACGGUAACGUAACUUUCUAGGCCAAUGUUACGGUCAUAGCACAAAGAAUAUAUACGUAAGAGUAUAAUCAUACUACAAUGCAGAUAAAUAUCUGUUUCCUCGAGAAUAAUGUGUAGACAUAUUCAAAUAUUUAUGAAAGGCGUAUUACAAAAGUAGAUCUGUAUCUAAUAAACAUUGUUAUAUGUAAACAUUUUCCAAAUUUAUUCCUUUUACAAGGAGUUUGAUUAAAGACGUAGAUUUUUCUAAUGGUUAAUUAUUAUAUAAUAAUAUACAAUAAUCUUUAACAACACAUUGGAAUAUUAAAUCCGGGCUUCUUGUGUUCUUCAGUUAUGUAAUAUUGAUAUCCUAUUUAUAUAAAAAUGGUCACUGAUAUGUGAUAUGUGAUAAGCGUAUUUGAUAUAAUAAAUCAUCACCUUUAUCAAGAAAGCGAAGUACAUUCGCGAUAUUUGAUAUUCGCGUGGCGUAAGGGCAAAAACCCGUAUGGAUUAUGACAUAUUUUUACGUAAGCUAAAGUGACGAAAGACAGAAAAAAGUAAUCAGGGCAACGACUUAAAUUGACUGGAACAAAGUAGAAAAGAAUGCGUGUGCCAUAACGAAAAUCAAUGAAAUAUUCGGCCGUCAUAUUCAAAUUCGUGAUGACGUGAAGCGAUGAUUGCGCCGUAAGAUUUUUACAAUGAUGCGCGCUGUUACGUAACAAGAAUUUGGAUUGAAUAAAACACUAAUCUAAUCAUGCCAUAUGGCAUGACAACUCAUUUAACACGUCCUUGAACAUAGAUUUGAUACAAUCAUAUGAACGCAAAGUCACAUUAGCUCAAUAAUCGCUAAUUCAAGUCAGUCUAGAGAAAUUUAUCAGUCGGAUCGGUCUAGCGAUAACAUCAUGCACAACAUCAUUAAUGAUACAGUCAGUCGUCCAAAAGGCGAUUCCGUCCAAUAAGAUUGAUCGAUUCAUAGCCACGACUUCUUGUUUGUUCAGUACUAUAAUCGCAAGGAAAUUGCAACAUGCACCUCGCAUUAGAGCGACAUGUGACAACUCUAUCAGUUUCCACAAAGUACUCGCACGUGAACGUGGAUCCUUGGAACCGAAACGAAAGCGUUGGUGUUGAACAUUCCGUGAGACUUUGAUCUUCGACUUUGAAAGCAACGGUAAUAAUAGGAUAUAACAGGAUAAAAUACCAGGAUAAAAAGUAAAGCGAAAAGAUGCUGCAACAAAUAAUAUCCUGGCUGUUUGUCAGCUUAAUUAUUUUAUGGAUUUUAUUGGUACCUAUUAAAAGUAUGUUACAUGCUCUAUGGGAAAUAUUUAUAGAGAUAUACGAUAGAAAACUUAUUAAUCUCCCUGUUACAUUUGGCGAAUGGGCAGUUGUUACUGGCUCAACUGACGGUAUCGGCAAAGCUUACGCUAAAGAAUUAGCUGCGAGAGAUAUGAAUCUGAUUCUAAUCAGCCGUAAUCUAGAAAAACUUGAAAAAACGAAAAAGGAGAUACUUGAAAUAAAUUCUAAAGUGAAGAUAAAACUCAUAGCGGCAGAUUUUAGUGAAGGAAAAGAAGCGUUUAACAAGAUUCGUCCUGAAUUAGAAGGGAUGCCCAUCGGUAUAUUAGUUAACAACGUUGGCAUAAUGUAUGAUUAUCCCAUGUACCUCGGGGAAGUACCUGAGGAAAAGCUGUGGGAUCUGAUCACUGUGAAUGUGGGCGCAACUACGCUAAUGACUAGGCUGGUCAUUAAACAAAUGCAGGCACGUAAACGAGGUGCAAUUGUAAAUGUCUCCUCCGGAUCAGAGUUCCAACCGCUGCCCUUAAUGACUGUAUACGCCGCCUCGAAAAUGUAUAUGAAGAGCUUCUCUGACGCUGUGAGAGCGGAAUACUCGCGAUUCGGCAUAACUGUUCAACAUCUAUCGCCUUUCUUCAUCACUACCAAAAUGAACGCGUACAGUCAUCGGCUUCAGGUUUCGAGUGUACUUAUUCCCGAUGCCACAAGCUACGCGAGGAGUGCCGUUGCUACUCUUGGCAAAACGGAUACCAAUACUGGAUACUGGAGUCACAGCAUCCAAAAAUUUAUUCUUUUAAUAUUUCCUAUGUGGAUCAGGAUAAAAGUCGGACUUAUCUUAAAUAAUAAUUUCCGGCAAGAUUAUUUUAAACAAGAACAGGAAAAGGAAUCACAAUAA